AUGUGUCGUUGUUCUCAAACAUCGAUUCCUUAUCCACAAUUUGUGUCAUUCAAUCCACAAUUUCAUCAAGUUUGCUCAAGUGAUUUCGUCAGUGAAGAAUGGUUUUCCUCUUUAUUCAAUGUUAAUACAAGCAACUACCAUCCUCUUGACUUUCGUUUGGUGGCUUCUGCACAAUUUCAAGUUUUAUCUAUUCUAUGUCGAACAUCACGUCAAGCUGUAAUCGAUGCUCUCAAAGGAUUCAAUUCAAUAGCAAUAUUGUCACCAAAUGCAUUGUCAUAUGAUGCACUCAAUAGUUAUAUUGGCCCAUCUAUUGAACAAUUUCAGAAAAAUACACUUGACAACUUCCGUUCAUACCAUCAUUUUGUGUCAUCUCUUAUCGAAGAACAUCGUUUUAUAUCUGCAUUACGAACAAAUUUCUAUACGCGAAGUGUUCCUGGCAGUAAUAUUUCUGUAACUUUUUCUGCCAUUUAUCCACAACAAGUCGACCUAACUCAGUCGUCAUCGAUGUUGAAUGAAACAUGUCGAUGUGAUCGUACAAGUGAUUGUGUUUAUCCUGCUGGCAUUUAUAAUCAAUCGCGAGCUAUCAUUCCGAAUGAAGUCUUUUCACUUGAUGUAUCACCUCUAUUCAUGAUACCAGAAUUUCAAGUUGGAUGUGUACCUCAAAAUGCAUUGCUUCAAUCAACAUUGGAAUGCUUUUAUAAUCAAUCAUGUUUAGACAUCGUGAUUUCGUUGACUGAUGCUCUUCGCACUGUCUCAGCUCUGAAUAUUUCAAACUCUUUUUCACGAUUCAGUCCAACAACAACUAUUGGUAUUCUUUUUGAUAAUCUAAUGGUUGAAUCUUGGGAGAACUCUACUGAUUUUGCCGCCUAUUUCCAAACUUGUGCACCCAAAGCUUGUUCAUAUUCAUAUUUACAACGGUUUUUUCUUACUUAUAUGAUUGCAACCAUGGCUAGUAUCUUUGGUGGACUAAGCGUAGCAUUGCGUAUAACAUCUCCAUGGUUUGUCAAAUUCAUUUUACGUUUAUCUUGUCGACAAGUUCGAAUGCUAGCAACUAAUGAAGGACAUGAACCAAACAGAAUUAGUUCACAACAAAUCAUUGUCAGAAAUCCAACUAUGGAUCAAUUUGAAUAUCUUCAUGACAUGCAUUCUUCAAUUCUAUCAUGUCCAUGUCGUUAUUCAUUUAUACCACGUUCAACAUUCAUAUCCAAUGAAAUACAAAUUCAUCCAUUUUGUAAAAGUAGUUUUAUUCAUGAUGAUCGUUGGUUCCAAUAUUGGACAAUGAAAUUUCUCAAUGGCAGCAUCGAUCCUAGUCCACCAUUCUAUUGGACUGAUUUUCGCAAGAAUGGAUUGAAGUUUUUUAAUUAUGUCAAACUAUACUGUGAUAUAGCCAAUAUAAGUAUGGUUGUUGGAUGCUCAAUCAUGAGUGGUCUUUUACAGUCGACAUUUGAAUGUUUCAAUGAUGAUGUUUGCAUCAAUCAAUUUAAUAGAGAUUUUAGUAGUUCAUUCACUAAAUUUAAUCUUAAUGCAACGCAGUUAAGAACUCCAAUUGGAUCGCUUCUAGAUGAGUAUCCUACAGUAUCAUCGAGCGCUUCAGCUAAUUAUUCUGCAUAUUUUGAAAUAUGUGCUCCAUCAAUAUGUCAAUAUCAUUAUAUGGAACAACAUAAUAUUGUUUACAUAUUCACAACACUGCUUGGCUUGUAUGGUGGAUUGACUGCAAGUCUACACAUUUUGGUAUGGCAUAUGUUCAGUCUUUAUCGAUUCAUAGUUAAGCGUUGUUCAUGUUGGUUGCAACCUGUACAUCCAUCAUCCUAA